CCAAUUGCGGAAGUAGUGUCCUUUAGUUCUUUCAUACGUAAGUGACACGCAUUCAACGGCUCGCCGGGUUGUUUCCUGUCUUCGCUGACUGGCUGGUUCACAUCUCGGGCCAGUGUGGCUGGUUUAUGAUCGGUCGUUUGGUUAGCAACGUAGCGAAGAGGCUGCCGAGCGUGUUAUACCGGGGGUCGAUGAUGACGAAGCCGCAGGUUGUGUUCGUUCUGGGCGGGCCUGGCGCCGGCAAAGGGACCCAGUGCGCCAAAAUCGUGGAGAACUACAACUAUACCCAUUUGUCAGCUGGAGACUUGCUGAGGGCAGAGCGUGCCAGAGAAGGAUCAGAGUUCGGACAACUCAUUGCCACUUUCAUCAAGGAAGGCAAAAUUGUCCCUGUGGAGAUCACCAUCAACUUGCUUAGAAAGGCAAUGGAGGAAACCAUGCAAAAAGAUGAGCAAAAGUACCGUUUCCUUAUAGAUGGGUUUCCUCGCAAUGAGGACAACCUCCAAGGUUGGAACAACGUCAUGACUGGAAAAGCAGAUGUCAAAUUUGUGCUUUUCUUUGACUGCGGCAAUGAGGUUUGCAUCAAAAGAUGUUUAGAACGAGGGAAGAGCAGUGGACGCACAGAUGACAACAGAGAAAGCCUGGAGAAACGAAUCCAAACAUACCUGCAGUCCACACGGCCGAUUAUCGAGCUGUACGAGAAGCAUGGCAAGGUGCGUUGUGUGGACGCUUCUCGUUCUGUGGAGGAGGUCUUUGCUGACGUCCAGCUCAUCUUGAACAAAGAAGGUUGACUUCUCUCCCACUGUCGGCACUGCUCAUUUUUUUUACCUUUUUACUUUUCUUUUUAUCAUCUGCCAGUUCAUCAUGAUUACCAUAAUGUUUAUAUGUGCAUUCAUUCACGUCUUUAUACUUUCCGUUACUUUAUGAUUUUCUUUAUCUUAAAAAAUCUGCACUGUUUUGUUGUUGUGUAGGAAGCAGUAUAAACGAAUAAUGAAAAGUAGAGCAGCUCAUAGAGAAAACAACGGAGGCUCAUCUGCACUUUUGUCUUCCGUCAUAGUUUGAGGGCUUUGUAUAGGAACAAAAUGUUCUGUUGCCAGACAUGAAUCGCAGAUGUCCUUGCAAUAUGUGGUUGAAACAGGAAGCAAGUGGUGCUUUCAGACCAAACCAUGUUGUCAUGAAUGAAGGGAAGCCUAUAAGGUCUAAAACUGCUGGUUUUCACAUCGUUAUCUGCCUUAUAUAUUUCAUGAACGUGUUUUCACGGUCGUGACCAAGUAGGGCUUUGUCACAUGGAGUAUUUGUUAACAAAACUGCACAGUGUCAUAUCCACACCUCCUGACAUGACAGACAGUUUGUUACAUCUGCAGAAAAUAAAACAAGUUGAAACAAUUC